AUAUGAUAAAAUCAUUGCCAUCUCGUAAUAAAAUGUUAAUAGAAUCACCAUUUGUGUGGUUGAAAGAGAAAGCAGAGAGAGAUCGAUAAAAUACAGGGUAAAAUUGAUUAAAUUUUUAGAGUCUCAUCUAAAUUAUGGUAUGUAAAAGGUAAGAUCUAUGAUUUAUCUGAAUUUGUAAAGUUACAUCCAGGAGGAGAUUAUUUUAUUACAUUAACAUAGGGUUAAGAUAUUACAGAAAUGUAUUAUAGUCAUCAUUUGAAUAUGGAUAAAUGCGAUACAAUUUUAUAGAAAUAUUAUGUUAAAGAUGCUGAUAAAAUUGAAUAAUACUUCGAUUAUGAUGAGAAGGGUUUUUAUCCUACAUUGCAUAGAAAAGUUAGUGAUUAUUUCAAAACUAGAGACAAAGGACCAACAUCAAUAAUGAAACUUGUUGUUUUUAUAGCUCUAUUUUCAUUUCUUAUGACAUUCUUAUUAACAUGUGUUUAUUAAAGUUAUCUUUGGGCAUUUUUAUGUGGAUAUACUCUAUAUGUUUGUUUUGGAUUGGCACAUAACUUUUUCCAUUAAGGUUCUUAUGAACCUAGAAGAUAUUUGGCUGAUUUAUCAUUCUUUUCACAUUUUCAUUGGGCAAUAACUCAUUGUAUUUCACAUCAUCAUUUUACAAAUAGUAAUAUAGAUUUAGAAAUCACAUUAUUUGAACCAUAUUAUAAAACUUAAAAAUCUAGACUUCCUAAUAAUAAAUUCUUACCAUACUAUAUAGAUGUAUUUUUUGCAUUAGCAAGCACACUUUAAUUUAUUUCUACUAUUUAAUUAAUAUUAAAAUGUGAGGAAAGAUUAAGGAAAGAAUAUUUUAUUCCAAUAAUUGAAUUCUUAAUCCUUUAUUAUUUUUGUGCAGAUGCUUUUGAUGGAUUUAAACUAUUUAUGGUUAUACAAACCACCUCUAGUUAUCUUACACUCAAAUAUUCAUUGAUUACUCAUCAUAAUAAUCUAUGUUAUACUGAUGGUUGUUCAAUUAUUCCAUCCAGAGAUUUUGGAAUAUACACUCUAUAAACUAGUCAAGAUCAUGAUCUACAAGUCAAAUUCCCAUUUAAUAUGUUUCUUUUCUAAGGAUUUAAUUAACAUAUCUUACAUCAUUUGUUUCCUACUGUGGAUGAGUCUAGAAUACCAGAAAUUCAACAUUUGCUUAUACAAACCAUUCAAGAAUUCAAAUUAUAACAUCUCUACAAAAUACGCACUGUUACUGAAUUAUACAAAGCUCACAAUGAUUUUGUUUUUGGAAAAUGAAUAUUCCUUAUUAUUUAAAUAUGGG